CUGGAGUUGAGAGGUCGGGUUUGGACCCCGACAUGCUAAUCAAGUAGCUGUGUGAGGGAAGCCCGUAUGCUUUAUUUGAAUAACUUUCUGUAAUUUAUGAAUUUAAAGUAGACGACGUUGAAAUGGAGAACGACAUAUUAGACGCUCUGGCGGAUCUGUGUUACAAGGGUCCUCUGGUAGAAGAUGGUGCGCUGGAUCGGGCAGUUGCUGGGGGAGCUGCUUCUCCUGAAUUCACAAAGCUCUGUGCCUGGAUUGUCUCUGAGAUCAAGCUGUAUUGCAAACUGGAAGAGAAUGUGCAAGCCACAAACAGUCCCACUGAAGCAGAAGGCUUCCAGCUUGAGAUGAGUGGCUUGCUAGCUGAGAUGAACUGCCCUUAUUCUGUUCUUACGACUGGGGAUGUUGCAAAACGUCUUCAAAACAAGGACAAUUGUCUCUUGCUGCUUACUUACCUUAUUUCUGAGUUGGAGGCGUUAAAGAUGGUUCAUGUAAGCCAUCCAUCAAAGACAGCUGUGGUGGGGGGAGGCAGUGACGUUUUUAUUGAGCUGAAAGGAAUUUGUGUGGGCCUGGGUAUGUCUAAACCCCCCGCCAACAUUGCCAUGUUCCAAUUCUUUAGUGGAAUUGAGAAGAAGCUAAAGGAAGCCAUGUCCAAGGUUCCGGUGAAUCAUGUUGGAAAGCCUCUAAUGAAGAAACCCCUUGGACCGGUUCAUUGGGAAAAAAUUGAAGUUAUUAACCAAGCACUAGUUAAUGAAUAUGAAGUCCGGAGGAAGAUGCUGUUGAAACGACUUGAUGUAACGGUGCAGUCUUUUGGAUGGUCAGAAAGAGCAAAGACCCGUGCUGAUCAGUUGGCGAAGGUAUACCCGCCGAAACGGACUGCUCUUGCUACAAAAAGCAAUAUUUCUAUUGCUCACCUAUACGCAGCUCGGGAAGAUCUGUCCAAGAUUUUAAGAACCAGCAGCGGAAGGAUCCGUGAGAUGUCAGCCUGUGCCAUCAACAAGGUGCUGAUGGGCCGGGUGCCGGACCGAGGAGGAAGACCCAAUGAGAUUGAGCCACCUCCUCCUGAGAUGCCGCCUUGGCAAACAAGGCAGGACGGCCCGCAACAGUACGGAGGGGGAGGCGGGCAGCAGAACAGAGGCGGUGGUAGAGGGGGCUAUGAUCAGCAGUCCCAGGGAGGCCGGGGAGGGUACGACCGAGGAGGAGGUGGCCGGGGUGGCAGAGGGGGCAAAGUACAAGGGGGUUGGGGGGAUGGAGGUGGUGGCGGCUACCAAGCCAACUACCAAGGGGGCGGAUACCAAAGCAGGGGAGGUGGAGGAGGUGGGGGGUAUUCAGGUGGAGGGUUUCAGGCACCUACCUACCAGGGAAGUGGAUAUCAGGGAGGAGGAGGAGGAGGCGGGGGCAGGGGCAGGGGUGGAGACGGAGGACACCAGCAGGAUAACCGCUACCAGGACGGUGGCUACCAGGACGGUGGCUACCAGGAGAGAGGUGGCCGUGGGGGGCGUGGCGGCAGGGGCAGGGGGAACCGUGGCGGUCAAGGUGGGGGGUGGGGUGGCAGAGGAGGGCAGAACUUAAAUCGGGGAGGGCAGUUUGAGCAGUACUUCCAGCAGGGAGGCUAUCACUAUAACCAGGCAGGUUUUGGUCAAGGGAAGCAUUAUUCAAGUUGAGGUUAACCUCGUGCUCAUUGCAGCAGAGCUCACUAUAAUUGAGAUGUAGAGAGUGGGAUGAAAAAAAGCCUUAAAACUACCACAUAUUCCAGCAGUGUACACUACCGUAGAAUUGCACGUAAGGUCAGUAGUUCUGGGAGGAGUUUGUAUUAAGACUGAAGACAUUUUUUUCUUUUUUUUUGUAAUCCUGAAUAUAUGAUGACGUUUCUGAUGGCAUGGUUUACAUGAGUUGUAAGGACAUGACAGUACCUAUGCAAUAUUUUAUUUUAUUUGAACUUUUUUUUUUUUUGUUCAGGAAUUUCAACAUAAUUCAGGCUUUUGCCUCCAUAUCACAAAUACACUGAAGCUUCUUCCCCUAGUGAGAGUUGCAUAAUUUCUAUUUGUUUCUCUAUAUAAUUUGAACCCUAUGGGAAGGCGUCGCGCUUUGUCAAACAACUAACAGGUACCAGAAAAACGAUUGUGAAAUUGAUCGUCAGUGUCUCCCCAAUAUGAGCUCUGCUGUAAUUGCUUUAGGUUACAAAUUAAUAGAAUUAUGAUUUUUUUUGUUAACACAAGGAGAACAUUGCAUCUGUAGAGAACUGACAUGCCACUACUACACUUUUUUUUGUUUGUACCUUUUUAUUGUAAAGAUCUGCCCCAUUGCCGUAUACCUGUAGGGUGGUUAAAAAACAAAUUCUCAAGCAAGAAAAAUGUUAAUAUCUGAAUGCAGUCCUCCUUUACAGGAAGAUUAAUAUCUUCAGCAUUAACUGAUGUGAAAUUUACUUGAAAGGAAAUCUGUAUACUUAAAUGUGCUUUGUACAUGAGUUUCCACCACUGGCUAAAACACACGGUUGAUUUAAACUAAAAUGUACUGCCAGGCAAGGGACUGGAGAAUCCUGAAGGCCUUUCGUUCUUUCUACGGACAGCAUCCAACUGGUUAAGCUCAUGAUUUAUUUUAGUUUUUUUCUUUACUAAGCACAUGACGCUGCUUUUUGGCUAUUAUAUGUACAUAAGUUAUGUGAAGUUAUGAAAGACAAUGCUUGAAUGUGUGCUAUUGAAUGAAAGGUGAGCAAUAAAAAUAAAAAAAAAUCUGAAUUAAGUUAUUUCAUUAAUAAAAACAAAACA